ACUCCGGCGUUGUGGAAUCACAGUGCUCUCUGAUUCAGACACGGGGAGCCUGAACCACCCGACGCUGAGAUCCUAAGGUCCCGUUUCUCAGCCCCAAAGGAGUCUAAGGCUUUGCGGAUGGGCACGAGGAACUGUCGGGAGAGCCUGAUAGGCCAGUAGCUGACUGUUGAUCACCUCCCCCUUAGCCAUGGACACCCCUGGCUAUCUUUCAUCAGUGUUCCCAACCUUGGACCCCAGGAAUACCUCCUUGGCCUGGCCCCUGGACACUAUCCUGGGAAACACUACCGUGGGCCCAAGCCCGGAGGGCCUGACCGUCAGCGGCAUUCUGAUCCCGCUGGUCUACCUGGUGGUGUGCGUGGUGGGCCUGCUGGGCAACUCGCUGGUGAUUUACGUGGUCCUGCGGCAUACGACCAGCUCUUCGGUGGCCAACGUCUACAUCCUCAACCUGGCGCUGGCCGACGAACUCUUCAUGCUAGGACUGCCCUUCCUGGCUGCCCAGAAUGCCCUGUCCUAUUGGCCUUUUGGUUCCCUCAUGUGCCGCCUGGUCAUGGCCGUGGACGGCAUCAACCAGUUCACCAGCAUCUUCUGCCUCACCGUCAUGAGCGUGGACCGCUACCUGGCCGUGGUCCACCCCACGCGCUCGGCUCGCUGGCGCACGGCCCCCGUGGCCCGUGCGGUCAGCGCGGCCGUCUGGGUGGCCUCGGCCGUGGUGGUGCUGCCCGUGGUGGUGUUCUCGGGCGUGCCCCGCGGCAUGAGCACCUGCCACAUGCAGUGGCCGGAGCCCGCGGCUGUGUGGCGAGCUGGCUUCAUCAUCUACACGGCCGCGCUGGGCUUCUUCGGGCCGCUGCUGGUCAUCUGCCUCUGCUACCUGCUGAUUGUGGUGAAGAUGCGCUCGGCCUCGCGGAGGGUGCAGGCGAUGCCGGGCCAGUGGGUGCAGACGCCUGCGGGCCAGCGGCGGCGGCGCUCUGAGCGCAGGGUCACGCGCAUGGUGGUGGCCGUGGUGGCGCUCUUUGUCCUCUGCUGGAUGCCCUUCUACGUGCUCAACAUCGUCAACGUGCUGUGCCCUCUGCCCGAGGAGCCUGCCUUCUUCGGCCUCUACUUCCUGGUGGUGGCGCUGCCCUACGCCAACAGCUGCGCCAAUCCCAUCCUCUACGGCUUUCUCUCCAACCGCUUCAAGCAGGGUUUCCGCAGGGUCCUGCUGCGACCUUCCCGCCGCGUACGCAGCCUGCAGCCCGCUGCCCCUCCGGAAAAGACGGAGGAGGAGGAGGAGGAGGAGGAGGAGGAGGAAGAGGCAGAGGAGGAGGGGAAGUCUUGGAGACGGAAGGACAUAAAAAGAAGUCGGGUCAGCCAGAUCGCACAGCCUGGCACCAGUAGGCAGGAGCCGCGGCCCAGCCCUGCCGCGGCGACGCGGCAACAGUUGCCACCCUGGGUGGUGGCGGCGGCGGCGGCGCGGGAGAAGCCCAGGGCUGUGCGCACGAGCUGCCUGUAG